UGCGCACGUUCGUGAUGACGUCAUGACAGAAAUGCAAGAUGGCAGCUCCCAGGCCGCAAGUUGCACUGCGUGGAACACAAGGACUAUGGAUGGUCAAUGGACCACCAAGAAUCGGAGAAAAUGCCCAGUUUGCCAGGGAUAGCAGCCCAGCAUGCAGGGUCAUGGCAUACAGUCCGGAUGGCACACUGUUUGCGUGGUGCAACGGCCAAAGCACGUCUGUGGUCAGAGUCGCCGAUUGUCAGAUCGUCCAGCAGAUUGCAACCUCCAGAACUGCUCAGCUGUGCUUCUCCCCCAUUGGGACCUACCUAGCGACAUGGCAGCCUUACCAAGCCGUCAAAGACAACCCAGCAGCCAGCCAGAAUUUGCACAUCUGGAGCUUAGAGACGGGCCAGGUCGUCAAGGCAACCAUUCAGAAGAAACGAACACUUUGGAAGCCUCAGUGGUCGUCGGACGAGACAAUCUGCGCUGUCUUUGCGAGUGGCGGAGUUCACUUCUAUAAAGAAGAUGAUUUUGAGAACAUAACAGCAAGAUUGACACUUCCCAGAUUGGAUGGAUGUGUCCUAUCAGAGGGCGUGGCUCCUCCUUCAGUCGCUGCCUACGUGCCAGUUGUGAAGGGGACCCCUGCCUUUGUCAGGUUGUAUCGAUACCCCAACUUGGGGGGCGAGGGUUCUGCGUUGGCCAGUCGGAGUUUCUUCAAAUCUGACAGCGUUCACAUGCUGUGGAACAAGAAAGGAAAUGCUAUUCUAGCUAUGGCUAGCACAGACGAAGACAAAACGGGCAAGUCGUAUUACGGAGAACAGUCGCUGCAUUUCCUGGAAACCAGCGGCGAGGGAUGUGCUGUAACACUCUCCAAGAAAGGACCCAUCUACAGCAUAGACUGGAACCCCAACUCCUUAGAUUUCUGUGUGGUGUAUGGCUUCAGCCCAGCCAAAGCAACCCUCUUUAACCUCAAGUGUGAGCCCAUCUAUGACUUUGGCACCGGACCUCGGAACUGUGUGUACUACAAUCCGCAAGGGACUGUGAUUUGCCUUGCCGGUUUCGGGAACUUGAGAGGGAAAAUGGAAUUUUGGGGGCGGGGCUCCCUGAAGUUGGUCAGUAGGAUGCAGGCUGAUGACUCGACGCAGUUUGAGUGGAGCCCAGAUGGGGAGCACUUCCUGACUGCUACCUGUGCGCCCCGCCUCAGGGUGGGCAACGGCUACAAGUUUUGGCACUACUCAGGCCGGUUACUCAACGAGUUCUCCGUUCCCAACGACAAGGAAUUAUGGGAAGCCGUAUGGCAACCGUUCCCUGCUGGAGCCUUCCCAGCAAAGGCCGUCAUCAGCCCACAGACGACGGCCACCCCAGCGGAAGCGAAGCCAGCCCCUUACAGACCCCCAAACGCAACUGGUGCUUCAAACUUCAAAUUUUUGGAAGAAGAACUUCCAGAGGCGUUGUCUGAGAAGGCUCUCUCCAAAAAUGCUCUUAAAAAUAAGAAAAAGCGAGAAGCAAAAGCCAAGGCCAAGAAGGAUGAGUUGGUUGGAUCACCUUUUGAUUCACGUUCGGCCGAGCAACGAGAUGCCUUAGCCAUGGCCUCGUACGUCCUGGCCCCGGCCCAGAACACGCCGGUGACUCCGGCCUCAGAACAGGAUGCCCCGAUCUCUGCAGAGACGGACAAGAAGAUCAAGAACCUCAGAAAGAAAUUGAAAGCAAUUGAGAAACUGAAGGCCGAGAAAGCCCAGGGCAAGACUCUGGAGGCAAACCAACUCCAAAAGAUCGAGGGAGAAGCGGCCAUCGUCAGUGAGUUGCGGGAACUGGAACUGAAUAGCUAAAGUCGGUGACAUCACCAACAUGUCAAACUCCCUUUUUUAUUUCUUCAAAUUCCAAAAUUGGACACCAAAUACUGAAGGCCAAAAAUAUUGUUUUUCCAGCAAUCUUUUCUUUGGGUUGAAAUCGUAAGAAGGCUGUACCCAACAUUAUUUAUAUACAUAUGUGCAGUCAUGCAUAAUUGAACCCUGCAUUGUGCUCGAUGUCAUCGGCACUGCCUCAACCCAUUAAAGGUAUAGUCCAUCAUUUGUAAUUGGUGCAUUUUUUUCGUUUGAAGCAACAAAAGUGCUCAAAAUCUAAAG